UUUCCGUCAACAUCCUCGCUAGGUUUUGCUGAUUUCCAACCCGGAUGCCCUAAGCAACAUGAGUGGCCGAAGCCGCUGUUAUGUGCAAUAAUGGAGGUGAUGUAUCUCCGGUCGUUCUUGGUAUAUAUUUCCAGCCACAAGAUCGAUGAAGAGAAAUCUGGUAUCUGCCAGCAUUCAAAGCAUCCAAAUCAACUAUGAGCCUUUCUACGGUUACACAGCAGCCGCAGCGCCCCAAUUCGGAGAAGCCUCCUCCAGUCAGCAUCAAGUCAAGGUGUCGAAGAAUAGUUCGCAACUUUACUCCAUCAUGGUUCGCUAUAACAAUGGGAACUGGUGUCAUCGCCGUUCUGCUCUUUCGACUUCCAUACAACGGAAAAUGGCUGUACGGAUUAUCGAUCAUCUUCUUUGUUUUAGAUUUUGUAUUGUUUGUUCUUUUCUGCUUGAUCUCCGCCCUGCGAUACCUCCUCUUCCCCGAAAUAUGGGCCGCCAUGUUGAAUCACCCUACCGAAUCGUUGUUCCUCGGAACCUGUCCACUGGGCCUCGGAAUCCUCGUCCAGAUGAUCGUAAACGUUUGCGUCCCAGCCUGGGGUUCUUGGGCAGUAACUCUGGCUUGGAGCUUAUGGUGGAUCGAGAUUGUAUUGUCGAUGGCAAUCUGUUUCUAUCUCCCAUUUAUGCUUAUGUCUGUUCACAAAACUGACAUCUCUUCCGUGACAACUCUAUGGCUGCUACCUAUCGUAGGGGCAGUUAUUGGUGCAGCAACCGGCGGUACGGUCGCAGGCGUCUUACCGAAUCCCACACAUGCUCUCUGGACUUUGAUCGUCAGCUACAUCCUCUGGGGAAUUGGUGUGCCACUUGCACUUUUCACAUUGGUGCUUUAUUACCAUCGUUUGACGAUGCACAAACUUCCUCCGCCAGCCGUCAUUUCCUCGGUUUUCCUUCCCUUGGGACCCCUCGGUGAAGGAGGAUUCGGGAUCAUGAAGUUGGGCGAGGUUGCAUUGACCGUCUUCCCAGCGACAAACGCAAUUAUACCUUCUGCUGGGCAGAUUGUCUAUGUCUUCGGCUUCUUAACUGCCCUUCUGAUGUGGGGAUUUGGACUUGCGUGGCUAUUUUGGGCCGUGGCUUCGUUUGGCAGAUCAAAAUCUCCGUUCAACAUGGGUUGGUGGAGCAUCGUGUUUGCUACGGGGGUAUUCACUGGCUCAACUAUCACAAUGGGACAGGAAAUGCCAUCCGCUUUCUUUGAUGUUCUCGGAACUGUAUUCACUGUUACAGUUGUUCUUUUCUGGAUUGUUGCUUCUGCAUAUACUAUCCGUGGAACAAUCUCUGGGGAUUUGUUCUUUUCGCCAGCUAUCGUAGAUCUCCCGGAUAGUGUGGAGAUGUCGACUAUAGAACCCUAAUUGAGGGUGCUGGUCGUCGAAGGCGAGAACUCUAACCAUAGGUGCAAGAACGCCUACGUGGACUGCGAAGACGAUAAAACGCGGAAACUGUUGUAUUUCGGAGAGAGACUUGGCAUUUAUCAGCGACUGAAGAUACCAUGCAUUUAGAUGGCGUUAUGUACAUUAGGGUUUGGUAGAAUUGCUUCAGAUAAUGCAUUGUAAUAGAGCCUCAUAUCGUCAUAAUUUUUUUGGGAUUUUGGAAGGUGCCGAAGUCCUCUAGAUAAUUACAUGAUUACACG